UAAGCUAGCGUAUAGCCCCGAGACGGAAAGAAAAGGAUAUCUGCAAUCAAUCGAAAAUAUACAACCCGAGUGCAAGUGCGAAAUCAACAACCCCACACACUCCGCCCAAAAUGUCCGGUCCCCAUCUCUCCAAUGAUGAGUUCUUCGCCGCCCUAAAAGCACUCCUAACAGCCCAAUCCACAAAAGCGCGCGGCUCCAUAUUCCUCACACAAAAGCGGCUACCUAUCAGCACAACCACCGCUACCGCCUCCCCCUCCCCUACACAGUCAGAAGAUACCACAGCAGCCCUACCGUCGACAUCACCAGUACCCGCACCCAUGCCCGUCCUCGUCCGCGCCACAAACGGACGACACAAAGGGGCCAAGUCGAAGGUGUCGACGAUCAUUCAGCCGGAUGAUAUUGAGGGGUUCUUUGUGAAAUAUGCCGAGAUCUGCAAGCUAGGGAUGGUGGGGAUGAAGAAGAGGGAUCGGAGUGGGAAGAAGAAGGCGAAGGGAAAGGGUGGGAAGGGAAAGGCGUAGCCAGGAAGGGGCUUGCUUUAUUAUCGCUCCGGAGGGGAAGGGGAGAGGGUUGUUGUGCAAUAGAGAUGAGAUAUGCGAGCUCUGCAUCUGGUUGUUAGGCGCCAUAGGUGUUUCCUUUGAAGGGUUAUGAUU